AUGGCAUCACCUGCAGCACACAUCGUCCAUCUCAGUGGCGAGCCGGGCCCGGACAACCGCCAGGUCGCCUACCGCUUUUUCAUGAUGUUACGCGACUUCUUCAUCGAGCUGGAUGUUACUGUUGACUGGUCGGAUGAGGAAGUACCCCGGCGAAUGAGAGUCCAAGCAUCAAUAGCCGGAGAGCUCGCGAGAGCGGCGCUAAGAGUUGGGAAAGCGUACACAGGAACCGCCCUGCGCUUCAAGGGCGUGAGACGCGAUGACUGCUUAGGGGGUAAUGGGUUGAAGAGGUUUCGAACACAUGCAAUUCACAUUCGAUAUAAGCUUGGAUACUGCCCAAUCCACUGGGCAGUCUUCAUCCGUGCACUUCUGCCAAGCGCGUGGUUGGUAAAAGUUUACGAGAUCAAGAUCAAGUCGCAGCUUGCACGCGAGCUCGUCAAUCGAUGUAAGUGAGCUUGCGGAAGUGAAGUACCAGCGAUAUCUGACUGAUAUACUAGAUGAGCGUGAUCUAAACCCCAAGUUCGGUGCUUUCGACGCUACGUUCGCUCCACUGCGCGUUCCAUUCACGUUGGGACAGCUACUGCAGGAGCUGUUCGUCGGCGAGUUUGACACGUCCAACGCCAGACUUCUCCGCAGUCUCCUCGACACGAAGCAGAAAAAAAGGAUAAUGGCCAACGUCAAGUGUUGUGUUCGCGCGGAGAAAGAGAAGAACCAGCCCCUUUCCAAAGGCGACAUCAACAGCGCAGAACCAGACAACCGGCGCAACAGCGCCAUCUUCUUCACGCGCAUGAACGACUUCCUCACCUGGCUAUUUCUGAGCUGGUGGAUGCGCGACUCCACUGAUGCAGCUGAGAACGAGGAGGUCUACAACGCCGUCACCAACGAAAGCAAGUUUCUGAUUGGGCUCCAAGCUACAUUGCUCGAAGCGCCACGUUCGCGUGCAAUAACACACAUCAGAUUCUAUGGGUGGAAGUGCCAGUAUCUGGGUGGCUCUAUUGCUGCGUAUCUCAAGCACGUCGGCGCAAUGGAUAGGCGCAUUUCCAGGAGACUGCCAGAUUGGAGCGGCGAAUCCUGGAUGCAUGAGGUGUUUUUCGAGGAGACGGCCCUGGUUGACACGGGUUUGGUGGACAGCAACAAGCGCCAAAUCGCUAGUAUAGCUGAGCAAGACGGUGAGGAUUUUCCAAGCCGAUCCUCGCCAAAUACCGACUGA